AUGAAUCUCGUAUCAAAACCAUCGGAAAAUCAAUUCAAUUCUCGCGGUCAAGAUGUUCUUCCACUAGACAACAACUAUCCAUCGUUCAAACUAUUUCCUACACGUAGUGACUCAGUUGAUAACAGUAAUAAUCGUGCGUCACCGCUGAAUAACCCCGCGGGCACAACGCCAAAGAAUCCCAGUCCGAUCGAGCCCAAUGAACACGAAUUUCAACCAAUAGCUGUAUCGCCAUUUCGUUUGUUUGGAACAUCAACUACGACAGUAUCAGCAACAAAUCAGAACUCGCCCAAACCGUCGACAACAAGUUCGCUGAAGAAGUUCUCUUCGACGACCGAUAAGCCGAGAAGAAAACGAACGCCGAAAAUCGAUGAUAACAAUGACAUACAAAAAGUCAAACGACGUAAAAGUGAAAUGAAUAUGCAACAUAAACAAUUAACCUUAAUGGAAUUACAGACCCCAAUUACAACUGAGAAGAAAAGCAAUUUAAAUCCAGAAACAUUCGCGACAAAAAAUCCGUCAAAUUAUCGCGAGAUUGGCUUCUCGCCAGUUUCCUCCGCUCAAAGUGAUUCAGGUUCAAAUUCGAAUCAUACAUCUGAAUCAUCCACUAAUCCUGUAGGAAAUUCAAAACUAAUACAAACUGAUAUCAGUGGAGCAAUAAAUUCAACAUCAAAUGAACUUGAAGUCAAGAACAGUCAAAUACAAACAUUAACAAGAGAACGUGAUGAUCUACGACGACAACUAUCGGAAGUAAAGAAAGAUCUGGAUAAACAAACAAACAUAUUGCAAAAAUGCCUUGCUGUGAACAAAAAAUUACUCGUCGAGAAGUCGACACUCGAACGUAAACAAGCCCGACAAAAAUGUAUGGAAAAUCGCUUACGACUUGGACAAUUCGUCACUCAGCGCCAAGGCGCGACAUUUGUUGAAAACUGGACUGAUGGAACAGCGUUCACCGAUAUUACAAAACAACAAGAAAUGCUUCAACGUGCUCGCGAAGAUCUCGAUCGUGAACGUCGUAAUCUUCUGCGUCGUCGGCCAAACUGUGAAGCGAAAGAAAAAGUGACCAAAACCGCAUACACACGAGCAAAAAGCAAGGAUCGCGGCAGUUCAUUUGCUGUUCAAGAUGAAAGUAGCAAUGAUGGAAUAAAAUCGAGCACUGAUAUAAACCGAGUUAUGACAGUUAGUGACUGGUACGAAUCAGAUGAAAUUAUACGUUUACGACAGGCGUCAUUGAAAAAAGAAGAAGUUGAUCUCCAGAUUGAAUACGAAAAGUUGGAACGCGAAAGGAAUUUACAUAUUCGUGAAUUAAAGCGAAUCUAUAAUGAAGAUCAUUCCAGAUUUCAAGAUCAUCCAAUACUUAACAAUCGAUAUUUACUUCUAACUUUGAUUGGCAAAGGCGGUUUCAGCGAAGUGCAUAAGGCCUUCUGUUUGAAAGAACAACGUUAUGUAGCCGUUAAAGUCCAUCAAUUAAAUAAAGAAUGGAAGGAAGAAAAGAAGGCAAACUAUAUCAAACAUGCCCUACGUGAAUGUGACAUUCUCAAAACAUUAGAUCAUCCUCGUAUUGUUCGUCUCUACGAUGUCUUCGAAAUCGAUACUGAUUCAUUUUGUACUGUGUUGGAAUAUAUCGAAGGAAAUGACAUCGACUUUUUCCUAAAACAACAUAAAAUUAUUCCAGAGAAAGAAGCACGUUCUGUUGUCAUGCAAACAGUCAGCGCAUUACGUUAUUUAAACAAUGGUAUCAAACCACCUGUGAUUCACUUCGAUCUUAAACCAGCAAACAUCCUGCUGGGCUCUGGUACCAAUAGUGGUGAAAUCAAAAUCACUGAUUUCGGUUUAAGUAAACAAAUGUGUGAAGAUACCUAUGAUCCCGAACAUGGCAUGGAUUUGACAUCUCAAGGAGCAGGAACUUAUUGGUAUUUGCCACCUGAAGUAUUCGUUCAAGGGCCCAACCCACCAAAAAUAUCAUCGAAAGUAGACGUUUGGAGUUUAGGUUGUAUAUUUUUUCAAUGUCUAUACGGCCGAAAGCCGUACGGACACAACCAAUCUCAAGCUGCUAUCCUCGAAAAUCAAACCAUCUUAAAAGCAAAAGAGGUGGAAUUUCCAGCCAAACCAAUCAUAUCAGAUGGCGCUAAGACAUUCAUUAAGCGUUGUCUAGCCUAUAAUGUUCGAGAUCGACCUGAUGUGAAUCAGUUAGCUGAUGAUGAAUAUUUACGUUCGUAUCCGAAACGUACAACAACUAAUGCAUCUGCUCGAACAGCACAAUUAACAAUGAAUGAUGGUUCGAAUUAA